UCUAUUUGAAAUGCUAUAAAUAUGUCAAUAAACCGUCAACUAUGAAAAAUAAGCUAUACCCGUAUAUGUAUCGCAGAGAUAAGUCAUUAGAAGCUGCAAGGAGAGUUAUGGUUCCAGUAAAUUCUCCUAUCGUAGUCGGUGAGAGUAAUAACGAAAAAAAUAAGUGUAGCGGAAAGGAAAGUCAAGAAAUACAAAAAGAUAAUGCCAAAGAAGUCGUUGUGCCUUUAGCCAGUCAAAAUAAGCAAGAAGAAUUAAGAUCAAAAAUAUCAAGAGAGGUAAAAAGAAUUAAUGAAUCUGCUGUGAAGAAGCCAUCGAUAUUCAAGCCGAAAAGAUAUCCGGUAAUGUACAAAGGAAGAAAGCCAAUCAAGGACACUAUAAUCCAGCUUGAAUAAGAAAGCCCAUCUUAAACAAAAAUAGUGUACAAGGUCUAUCAAUACUUUCACUAAAACAAUUCAUCUUUAAAUAUCUGCUGACAUUUUUCAACUUAAAAUUGUUAUUACUCCGUAAAUCUAAUUAAUCAGAUUAAAAAAUGUGUAGGUUUAAUAGAACAAGUAUUAAAAGGAGUCUAUCACUCAAGUAUUAAGACGUAUAUCUUCAACAAACCCAAAUUUGACUGCAGUUGUAUACAAACGAGGUUUGCAACAUAUCGAGUAUAUUAAAACAGUGUAACAUUACAUUGAGUAAUAAAGCAAACAUCAUCAAAAUAUUAUAGGUAUAUAAUAAAUAUCAAGCUUUAAAAAUCA